GCUGUAAAAGCAGGGGCAGUUCAUGAAUAUUAACUCAUUACUUUUAAAGGGGCCCUCCUCGUAGAUUCCCAGGCUACUGUCAUGGAGGAUAAUUCCAGGGUGCAGAGCAAUGCCAUGCCUCAGCUCAGCCAAGAAAAACUCAAGAAAAUAAUGAACAUGGUGAAAAAUAAAGAAUUGAGCAUCCAAGGAGCCUUGGAGUUGGCAGAAAAAGAGAAAGGCCCUGAAGAGGAAGGGGUGGAAUUGAAUGACCCAUUGGCUUCCCAGGACUUCUUGACUGCUACACAGUUCAACUUCAUCAUCCGUAAAUACAAAAGAUACAGAUGGCAAAAACGGAUUUUACAGAUUGAUUUAAACACCAAAACCAUUUUUAACAUUGAGAAUGGUAUCAUCAGAAAACAGUUCCCAUUUUCCCAAAUCAAGUACUGGGAAAGUGGAGAGGGGACCCGGUUUAACAUUGCAUUUCAUGGGCGCCGGGAUUAUGAACUAGAGGCAACUUCCCUAGAAGACAAAAGGAAACUGAUGCACCUUCUGGAUAAGAUCCUGUGUAAAUCUGUGGAAUCCCCUUCGGGACAGAUUGACCAGCAGGAUGGAGCUGUACAUGACGGCUUGCUGGAAUUGGAGCAGAAUAGUCUGGAAGCUGCUAAAUGGGUCAAGUGCUUGGUACAGCUCCAUAAAAGACAUCUGACCCUGUAUCCUCUUGGCUUCAACGAAGAGAAUGAGAAAACUAAUCUGGAGGCAAACCAAGUACAAUUGUCGGAUGUGAGAGUCCAUAAAGAAAAUGAACAUGAUGAAUUUUCAGUCCAGACUAAAAAAAACAAUUAUUUAUUCCGAAUUCCUGCUACAGCCCUGAUUAGACAAAUGAAGGAUGUCACUGAGAUGAGGGACAAAUGGGUCACCCUCAUCAGCCAAUACUGCGCACCCUUUCUGACUUAUCCAGACCAUCAGGCUGAAUUUCAAGAUGGAAGUUCAUGUGCAGAGAUUAGCCUAACCUCCAAACGUGAGAUCAGUAAAGAUGGUCCUGACAUACUUCCAGGAGGAAAGGAAAAAGAAUCAUUGUCUUUGCUGGCUACAGGUUCUUCCACAACUUCACUGAGUAUGGUUCCAACCUCCAGUUGUAUGUCAGGAUCCCAAAGGAGAAUUUCAAUGGGACAGGGCACUGCAGGUGUACCCCAACCUUGCAUCCCCUUAGUUCAGGGAGGCCCACUGCUCUCUGCCAGCCUUCCAGCUGUUAACCCCAUUCCAGCCACUGAAAGAACAAAAGCCUUUCACUGGGAUAUUGUUCCUCAUGACAAGAUUCUAAAAUCCAUCUGGUCAACAUGUGACCUCCAGAAGAGAAAAAUUGAUGUGACAAGACUCUACGACCAGUUCCGAGCUCUGAAUACCCCUGUGAUGUUGAACAAUGAUUUCUUAGGGAACCAACACCUUCUUUUAGACUACAAAGUUGCCCACAACUUUAGUAUCUUUCUCAGACAUUUUCACCUAAAACCCAAGGAACUACAAGGAAGACUGUAUAUCCUUCAGGAAGAGGCUGGCGGGCUUGCCUGUGAGCAUAUUACAACACUCAGAAAAUAUGUGCCAACAAUUAAAGACAUUGAAAUGUACCAUUCUUAUCAGGGAUCCCCUUCAGAGCUACACCUUGUUGACCAGUUUAUGUUAGAGUUGUCCCUGCUUCGAGGCAAGGAGAGGAAGUUUACCUUGGUUCAUGCCCUUGUGGAACAGAUCCUUUUACACCAGCCCCAUUUGGCCAAAUUUCCUCAGGAACUGACAGAAUUUGAAGCUGCUCCUGGAGCAUCUAUCAAAGGCCUCAAGGUUGAAGUGGAUGUUUUAAGGAAAGAAUUAGAAAAAAUUAUUCAGUACAAGAAGAUUCUCAAACCUAAGAGUCUCCGACCUUCAGAGCAGGAGAACCAGUUUCACCAGGAUCUUAAGGAUCUAAUUCAGAAGUAUAAAGAGGACCUUUGUCAGCUGUCAAAAAGAUGUGAUGAAAUGAAGAAACUCUAUGGUGACAUUCUGGAACAAUUUGGGGAACGGCCAGACCAGGACUCCCAAGAACUCUUUGGAUGGAUAUCUGCCUUUGUUAGAGAUUUUAGAAAAGCCCAAGCAGAUCUGAAUCUUCAGGUGCUGAAGUAGCCAUCAUAGCAACUCCUCCUUCUCAUCAGUUAUGGGCCUGUGAUCAUGAAAUGCUUCAUUGAUGCUUUUGGUUUAUCUGUGCUGUUUAUGAA